AUGUUCAAGUGUACGCGUUGUGACAGAGAUUUCAGAGAUGGGGUAAAGUGUUCCGUUUGCCAAGAACGUUUUGACUUUCCAUGCGCUGGAUUAACGGAAGCUGGCUACCGUAGGUUAGGCGAGGAUAGAAGAAAUAACUGGAGAUGCACAUCUUGCAAGGACGCCAAAGCUCCUAGUCCGCUAAACCUACCUUCAAAAAAUACACUUUCAAAAAAUACACCUUCUGUUAAGUCUCUUUCACUGGUGGACAUGGAGAUGAUUGCUUCGGAGCUUAAAAGUUUAUCUUCACAGAUGAACUCACUUCCUACCUUAAUAGCAAGCGUCAAGGCUAUACAAGCUGAUGUGGCCGACCUAAAGUCCAUAAAGGCCGAUAUCGAAGAUCUUAAGCUUAUGAAGCCGGAGGUGGCUGAUAUGAGGACUUCAUUGGAAUUUGUUCAGUGUUCUGUUGAAUCUUUGAAUAGUAAGAUCACAGAAAUAAAUCAAGAAAUCCAGAGUUUGCUGAAGACAAAAGAUGAUGUAGUUCAAUUGAAGCAACGUCUGGAGAACUUUGAAGACUCCAUGCGGGAAUUUGAACAAAGGUCUCGUAUGAAUAACAUCGAGAUCAAAGGAGUGCCGAUGUCACCCUCAGAAAACCUUUUCGAGAUUUUUAGUAAGCUUGGAGAUCAUAUCAAUUGUGUCAUCCCAAAAAAUCAAAUUAAUUACAUUGCGAGGAUUCCUAUGCGUAACGAUAAACUAAAUAAAACAAUCAUCAUCUCAGUGCAUAAUAGAUACCUUAAGGAGGACUUCGUAGCCGCAGCGAAGAAGCGCACCAUUGUUCCAGCGGACCUGGGUUUAAGAGGUGACAAUAGAAUCUUUGUUAAUGACCAUCUUACUCUGGAAAACAAGAUGUUGCUAAAUAAAGCCAAAAAACUAGCGAAGGAGCGGGGGUUUGCUUAUGUUUGGGUAAAGGGAUGCAAAAUAUUUGCAAGAAAAAACCCAACGUCUCAUAUAAUUACAAUAAAAUCGGAAUACGAUUUAAAAAAGUUUUCCUAG